UGCCGAAGCGAACGCAACCCCCGUGCGUCACUCGACGUACACGCUUCCAAAACGGAUCGUAAUUCUUCCUCUUGAUACCGUGUCCAUCGAUUCUUCUUCGUCUUCGCGUUGUCACCCCUUUACUAUAAGUAGUAGUCGGUGCGAUUGUUAGUGUGUUAGUUUGUGAAUCUUGAGUUGAUAAGCAUGACUUGUGUGCUCUGAGGAGAAAACUCGAGGAGACGAGGAAGAUGCCGCGAGCGUUCCUGAUCACGCAUCGCAGAUACAACGGUGUGGAAGAAGAGAUCGCAGGAUCUGAAAGAGAUUUCAGUCCCGAGAGAAGCGUGAGACUGGCCGAUUACAGCGGCGGUCAACCAACUUCCGAUGGCGCCAGCGAGUGCGGUAGCGAAACGUCGUCCGAGUGUCCCGAGGAGCUGUACAACCUGACGAAACUGGCGGAGGUGAGCCUGGCAGCGGCGGCGGGCACCUUAAUUCAUCACAGCAAUGUCAUCUAUCAGCGACCGGCGUCGCCUAGGAUCGCGCAGUAUCCCGCGGAGGCGAGUAGAACUCUUGGGUCUCGGCCUACUGUCCAAGUGAUGGGAAACCAGGACCAAGUCCUGGGCGAACGGACGAGACUCUUCUUCGAGCGGAUUGAGAGCGAGAGGGAGAUCCUGGAGACUCGGUCCGGAGAGAACGCCGCCUUGGAGAUUCGCCUCUCGCCGCGGCAUUCUCCUUGCUCCUCGCAGGAGGAAUCGUGUCACUCGAAAGUAUCGGUCGUUCCCGAUAUCGGCGUUGAUCCGGCAUCCGUACCUUCGACCGCGUCGAUCCAAGGUCGCAGAACGGCCGCCGUGGAUCCCAAGCCGGAGGACAACGAGGAUCACGAGUGUCCCGACUGCGGCAAGAAAUACUCGACCUCCUCGAAUCUGGCCAGACAUCGUCAGACGCACAGAUCGCUGGGCGAUAAAAAGGCCAGGAGGUGCCCGCACUGCGACAAGGUCUAUGUCAGCAUGCCGGCGUUCAGCAUGCACGUGAGGACCCACAAUCAGGGAUGCAAGUGCCACUAUUGCGGCAAGUGUUUCUCCAGGCCGUGGCUGCUGCAGGGACACAUACGCACGCAUACAGGUGAGAAACCUUUCAAGUGCACCAUUUGCAACAAAGCCUUUGCUGACAAGUCAAACUUACGAGCUCACAUACAAACGCACUCGAACACCAAACCUCAUGUGUGUGGUCGUUGUGGCAAGGCUUUCGCCCUGAAAUCGUACCUCUACAAGCACGAGGAAUCGUCCUGCAUGCGUGCCCAUCACCGACCGUCCACGGACAAGCCCGAUCAGAUCGAGCAGCAAAGAACAUCGUCUACGGUGAAACCGAGUGCUCCAUUAUCGUCGUCCUUGAAUAGAUCGCAAACGACGUCGUGCGUCACGGCGUCGCCCACCAGCGUCAUAGUUCCUCGAUUGGGGCACGAGCGUGACCAAAAAGACUCGUCGUCGGCGUUCUCCGCGAUCAUCAGGCACACCAGGACGUCAGACGCGACGGCACCGUCGAAACGACCCUGCAGAGAGAAGACACCUUCGGACGAUCCAGAGAGCCCCGAUUUGGUGACUAAGGAUCCGGAAUACGUGUCCAGAAUGGUCAUCAGAACAUCGGUGAUAUCACCCAAUCCGGAGCACCUGCAUCUCCGUUUCGAAAAUGACGUUAAGAGUUCCUCGACUACGUUCGAUUAUCCCGAUCCGACGAGAUCCUCGUCCUUUUCGAGACCCGCCACGAUGACUUUGAACCUGGCCAUCGCUUGAAAAUCGGUCGAUACCUAGCGAUCAAAUCAAGUUGGUCAAUCGAUAAAGAGAUAUCAUUUAACUUCGUACUUAUUUUAGCACGAAUUUUUACGAGAUUCACAAAACUCGAUUGGAAAUUUCAAUUAGAUAGAGAUUUCAGGGUAUUCUAGAACUUAAAACAACUCGUUUUUUUUUUGUAGGAUAUUAAAGCAAGUUUAGAAAUUUCUUCAAUUAUUCAUUAAAAAAUCAAUCAAAACAAUCAGAUUUCGUUCCUUACGAGAUUAUAUUACUAAUUGUAAGAGAUUUAAUUCAGAAAUUGAAGAAAAUUUGAAUUGUUACAGCGACUGUACAGAAUGUCACAAAAUUGCUGACGUUCUUUUUAAUCAUAAGCUUUUUUGACUUUAAAACGUGGAUCUUUUCUCAUUGACAAUUUGAUUCAAAUUAAAAGAUUAAUCUUAUAUGCGAUUACUGAUUGAUGAACAAUUUCGAUUCGUUUUCACAUUAUCAAGAAUUGUAUGACUGUAUGACGGUCAAUUUUCCUUUAUCGCAUUAAUUCGUCUUAAUUCUAUACAAUUAAACAAAGAUUACGUCUGAUAAUGCUGGAUAACAUUGCGAAUUAGAAAGAAUCGAUAGAGUAUUGUGUAUGAUAUUAUUCCAAGCAUCUUCCGAAUUAGGGACCAUUUAGCAAUUAGUCAUAAUAAUGUUAAAUUUGUAAGCGUGUUUAAUUUAGCGCGAAUCACAUUGAUGUAAAGUCGUGCCUUACAUAAGUAUCGGGCUGCGUUUUAGCAUGCACGCGACUCGAUAUACUAUGAUAUAGUCCCGACGGAAUUGGCGUGCACGGAUGAACGCGUGGAAAGAAAUUUUCGAGAGCGUCUAUUAAACGCCAAACUCGUGACCUUAUCUAUUUAAAGACGUAGCGUCGCUAUCGCGCGGCGUUAAGCGAUUGAGAUUGAUCAUCGACACGGACUGAACUUGCAAGUGCCAUCGUGUUUAUUAUUUUAGGAUUAAAUGAGAUUCUCUGAGGCUCUUCGAGGCAGCUACCAAGCUAUGUAAGAUGUAAAUACGUACGAAUGACAGGUGCGCGAAAUGUAGCGAACCCCAGAGUUCGAGGAUGUAAAGAUAUCUUUGUCCUACAUGACCGAGCGGAAAGUUUUUACGUUUUAUCGUAUAAUACACGAUCGUAAGUCGACGAAGAGAGCGAUGCAGCAUUCGCCGUGGUUCGUUGUUGCUUUCGAGAAAGAAUUUUCAAAAACGCAACCGCACGUCGGGAUGCAAGUUGGACGUUCUCAAAAGCGAAGGCGUGUAUCUGUGAUUCGGGAUUGCGCAACCGGAAUUGCCGCAAAAAGUCGGCUGCAGGCAAUGCGAUCACCUGCCAAAAAUAUAUAGAAAUAAAAAAAAAUAUAUAUAUACAUACAAUAUUAUAUAUUUCAUAUCAUAGAGAUAAGUUUAGACCCAGUGGUCGUUUACUAGUGUACCCACCUGUUAUGUGAUGAAUUUUGCUGUAUUAAUUCUAUACAAUUAGAAUAUCGUGUGUGUAACGUCCAACGAACGUUAUCCAGCCGAGCGCAUCGUUCAGAGCCGUACUGUAGGUUGCCAGCAGCGUUCUCCAGCAGCGAAUUUAAUCAUAGCGGCGAUAAAUAAGCCUUCUUCUUACGUUUGUUUGCGGUGCCAGAGAUUGGUGUCCGGUCAGAGUGUCGAACUAGUCGAAUCCGUUUCGCCAUCGUGAACGCAAUCUGCCGUCAUGGAAAAACUUGCUUUUAAUUCAUCGUCGCGACGAACGUUAUCUCCGAUUGACGAUAUUAAAUGUCCCCUUUUUCAAGGAUUGAACGGACGGCAAGAUCACGCGGAUUAUGCGAGUGGCGACGGUUAUAAUAAAGAUUUCGUGUAGGUGUAACAAUGUUUUAGCGCGUUACAAGAUUGACCGCCGCGAUUCGCCGAGGAAUCCGCUCGAGUCGUAAUAAUUGUAAUUAAUUGACGAGCGAUUCGGACACACGUGCGUCCUAGUCAUUCGAUAGAUCGCCCAUGGACGAGAAUAGGGAUCUAGCGAUUAAGCACGUAGUCGCGUUGACCACAUGUUGUAAAUAGCAUUCCCACUUUUACGUAUUAGAUUUUAGUUGCGCGCGUGAAGGAGAGACGUUGGACGUAGUCGUUUUUUAGAUAACGAUUUAUUACAACCGUUGUAUUAUACGUGCUAUUUGUACACCGGAGUGCCUAUGCGAAACAUUUAUCCACAUCUUUUUUUACGAAUUGUAAAAGUUUUAUCUAUCGAAAGAAUAAUACACGAAGUGAUACAUGUACAUGUUCAGAAACACGUUUGAAUUAACUUUUUGUCCUCUCCUGUCCAACUUUUCAAUUCCUGUAAUCCUGUAAUCUCUGUUGCGCGAUGAGAAAUUAUAAAAGUUGUAUUAAAUAAUUUAAUUCCACGCCUAUCGGAUUGCAACACGCGCGUUCGUAUAAAGCUUUCCGUUCAAUACACUCUCUCGCUUCGCCUUUUUAUUUAUUGAACUCAUUAUCGCGCCGAUGAACCAUGCGAUCAUUAGCUACGCUUGGUAGUAGGAUAAACAGCGACUAACUGUGUUUAACAAAUAGAUUGGACUUCAGUAAUUAGGCCAACGAAAGCGAAAGUGACUAACUCGAUAAGACAAGUUAACUCAAUGUCGCUUGCGAUUGAUGAAUAUUU